UCCCUUCCACUAGCUGAGUAACGGGUAUCAGAUAGUCGGGGAACUCGACUAUAGCGUUCUCUCUUGUUUUUGAUUAUUUUCAAUUCUAUAAUUUUUUUUUUCCAGUUUCUAUUAAUAUGCCGCAAAGAAUGUCGAACUUUCUCGAUCACACUACCACUAGCUGAGUAACGGGUAUCUCAUAGUCGACUAUUGCGUUCUCUUGUUUUUUUUAUUACCAAUAAUGAUUUAUUGAUUUUGAAAUAAAUAAUUAAUCCAAUUAUAUAUCCCAUGUUUUGAGUUUUCGUGGCUAAUCUGCUGAUUGCGCAUUAAAUUGUAUGCAGUUAUGUGAGGAAUUAAAAAUAAAACUUGUUUCUCCCGAUAAUUAAUUCCUAUAUAAGUUCGAGUACAUUUUUACGAUAAUAUCUGGGAUUAUGGACGGUGUAAUGUUAAUCCGAGAUUAGCUCUAAUUAGCUCGGCAAUUGCUAUAUAACGGCGAAUCAGCAAUAUCUAGCCAGGCCGAAAUGUAUCAAACUCUGUUGAUUCUCUUUGUGGCCCUGGCCAUUACCUGGGCAACGGAUUAUAACGCACUAAUUGAGGAUCAGGGCAUUUACGUGCAGUGUUCAGAAGCUCCAGCCGGUUCCCUUGGCCCCCACGAUGGAUUUAAUCUUGACAAUAUGGAGAUGAAUAUGGAGCCAGAAGGCAUUUACGUAUCGGGAAAUAUGACAGUUAAACUAAACUUUUCACUCUCCGAUCGAAUUUCCGCCAGGUUUAGCGUAAUGCACUAUGAACGUGGUACUUGGCAACCCACAAUGUUUAACCUUCACUCCGCGAACUUUUGUGAGGUGAUGUUUGACGAAGAUCAAUACUGGUUCAAGUAUUGGUUUAAACACAUACGAAACCGUGAGGAGGUCCGUGAAAAAUGCUUAAAAGUGAAAGAUACCGUGCUGGUGUAUAAUGAGUUUUUGAUGGUCCUGCAACUUGAAAAUGUCAAUACAUCAAACUUACAGGGACGCUAUAAGGCGGUGAUUACUCUAGAGGCUUUCGAUGAACAUGAUGUGCGACGACCAACAUCCUUUUGUGUUGAAAUAAGAGGCGACCUUGAGAGGUUCCAAAGGUGUUACAUAUGUGUACAAGAUACCACCCCAUUACAAACGGUUUGGUAAUGUUAUACAUAUAUUAUUAUCCUUGAUUUCAAGAUAAAUUUGAGAUGAAUUUACCGAUUUCAGACGAUGUAACGAUAAUCCAAAUCCAAACUGCUUUAGAAGAGUAACUACGGCUUGUUAUAAAGUCGACUUUGGGAUUAUGGAAAACAUUGAAGCUGUUGUUAUUAAAACACUAACAUAGAAAAACACAGCAUAGGAAAAAUAAACUCAUAGUCGACAAGAUGAACAGAAAA